CCGCGGUACAUAAUACGGAAAUUUUGGUUAUCCGCUUGGAUUUGAUUAUUGAUUACUCUGAACAACUUACGAGCUCUGAAUAAUACUAACCCAUUAAUCCGUGGAGUUAUUUCUUAGAGAAUUGACCGUUACGACCUUCGUUGUUUCUGUAUAGUACCUAUCAAGAAUGUAAACAGUCUGCCAGAAUAAGAGGGUCUCCCAUUUCACAUUGGUUAUACUGACAAUUAGUGUAUGACAAUGUCAGAUUCUCCUUUAAAUUGUGACGUCUCGCUUCUUGAACUUUGAGCUUCAAAAACGAAUCCUUGAUUUUGUAUGAACAAGUUCAGAACCAAUCAGACAGCUUGAUCCCAUCUCUAGACGUAUGACUUUUUGACAAUACACAUAACCUCAUUUUUAUUGUACAGACUACAGAGCUACAUAGUUAUUCUUGUGGUUUACAUUACAAAAGAAUUAAAAUAUUUUAUUUUAUUUUGAUUCCUUGAUAAUAGCGAGGUGAUGGUGAAUAAAAGAAGCAAUGGAUCAAACUAUUACAGCUAAUACAUCUACAGACAAUGUUGACCCAUCAAAAGAAUUCAAAGUCAAAGCUGCUUUCUUCCUUGCUGGGGUGUCCGGCAUAUCAGCAGUUAUUGGUUUUGGGAUGACUGUUGCCUCAUCCAAAAAGCAGGACCCCAAAUAUUUUAAUAAAGGCAUGAUGCCAACAAGGGAACUGCCAGAAUCAGGGGCAAAUCUGGCUAUGCGAGCUCUGGGCUGGGGCACAUUGUAUGCAGUCACAGGGUGUGGAAUUUUGUUUUAUAGUAUUUGGAAACUAUCUGGAGCACAUAAUUUUGUGGAAUUCAGGCAUAAAAUGGGAAGCAUACUGCCAAAUGUCCCCAGAAACAACCCACCACAAGGUAGAACUGAAUUUAGUGGGCUAAAUGACUUAUUAGAUUAUUUACAACACCAAAAGGGCUCUAAGGACAAAUGAAACAAGUUGUGUGAUAUUUCUAGUUUUUACUUAAAAUAAAGUUUAGUUGUAAGAGUUAGCCUUGUGUUUUGGUAAAAACUGAAAAUUUUCAGGUACUGGUCCUAACAACAUCUCGC